CUACUUCCCCGUACUCUCAAAUUGCUAUUGCUAUAAAAAAACGGUAGCACCAACCCACGCGCCACCUUUACUUCCGUCUCACUCGUUACCCAUGGCGCCCCCCGCGACCAUUCCGAUGACUACCUCUCAAUCUACGGCGGGUACUGGUGCCCAAUCGCAGCCUCCGAUAGCCACGCCCGCGUUUCGCGCGUUCCUGUCGCGCCUUUCCUCCUCGAUUCGUCAAGGAUUCUCCCAACGCCGUCCUUGGUACGAGCUCAUAGAUCGGUCCGCCAUGGCCCGGCCCGAUAAUUUAACAGACGCCUAUUCCCGGAUCCGCAGAAACCUCUCAUACUUCAAGGUCAAUUAUGUUACUCUGCUGGCGGUUGUGCUCGCUUUCUCUAUCCUAUCGCAUCCCUUCUCUCUGCUCGUCCUCCUUGGCCUCCUUGCCGCUUGGGUCCUCCUUUACCUCUUCCGACCGUCGGAUCAACCUGUUGUGAUCUUCGGCCGUACGUUCUCCGAUCGCGAGACGCUUGGCUCAUUGAUGGUAUUGACCGUCUUCGUCGUCUUCUUGACCAGCGUUGGAUCGCUCUUGAUCUCUGCGCUCUUGGUUGGUGUCGCCAUCGUUUGCUUACACGGUGCUUUUAGGGUUCCAGAGGACUUGUUCUUAGACGAUCAGGAGCCCGCGAACUCCGGAUUCCUUUCAUUCCUCGGCAGCGCCGCCACCUCUGCAGCUGCUGCGGCCGCACCUGCAGUUGCCUCACGCGUGUGAUCAACAGGUCUUUCAAGCAUUACAUGCUUAUGAUUUUUUUUACUUCCUUCGCUUAUGGCAAAUCGAUUAGGAUUUACUCUUUAGAAUAUUCAAUUGUUACUUAAUGUCCUUUGUAUGUAGAUUUGAAUCUGAACUUGGAUUAAGAGUUAGAUCUUCAUCUUAUGGUGUUUUGAUUUGGAUACUGUAUUAAUUACCUUCGGAAUUUUGAUUUUUAUGAAUCAGAUUUUGCUUAAAAUUGUUUACGAAACAAUUGUAU